GAAUCUCUACGACCUCCGCCUACCAGUAUUGUGGACAUCGCCCAUCCAUCCGUCCGAAUCGUCAAUAUUACCACGACCGGAAACGCUAUCAAGCGCCAGCAUCGCUGGAGAGAAAAUCCACCCCCGCCCCUCUUUAGCGAUCAUAAAGAGAAUAACAAACCCGCACUCCUUCCUCGCAUCACCCUCACGGUCCUCCUUCCUCCUUUCUACACCACGAAAAUGGAGGAAAGAAAAGGCCGCAAAAAAAAGGUCCUCCUAAUGGGCAAGUCCGGCUCUGGAAAGUCCUCCAUGCGCAGCAUCGUAUUUAGUAACUACGUCGCCAAGGACACCCGCCGGCUGGGGGCCACAAUUGACGUUGAGCAUUCGCAUGUCCGAUUCCUCGGCAACCUGACACUAAACCUCUGGGACUGCGGUGGCCAAGAUGCCUUCAUGGAAAACUAUCUCGCCACCCAACGCGACCAUGUGUUCCGCAAUGUUGAGGUCCUGAUAUACGUAUUCGACGUUGAGUCUCGCGAGUUCGAACGAGACUUGAUUACCUACUCGUCAUGUAUUGAGGCGCUGAGGGACAAUUCGAGUAAUGCCAGGAUAUUCUGCUUGAUACACAAGAUGGACCUGGUGCAGACAGAGUUGCGAGAGAGGUUAUUCAAUGAGCGCCGGGAUGUGCUAGAGUCUAGGAGUUUAGGACUAUCGAUUACCUGUUUCCAAACAAGUAUCUGGGACGAAACUCUCUACAAAGCUUGGGCCGGCAUAGUCUACACCCUCAUCCCGAACCUCCCGCAAUUAGAGACACACCUCCACCGCUUCGCCUCCAUCGCUGACGCCGAGGAAGUGAUCCUCUUCGAGCGCACGACAUUCCUGGUAAUUUCACAUGUUACCCGCUCGUCAAUCCCCAACCCCUUUCCCGACAGGUUUGAAAAGAUAUCGAAUAUCGUCAAACAGUUUAAGCAGAGUUGCUCUAAGAUGGCGAGCAACUUUACUGCGUUUGAACUUCGGGCCGCUGGAUUCUCAGCAUUUAUCGAUGUGCUUACGCCGAAUACCUAUAUUCUUGUGGUUAUGCCGGCGGGCGCUGCUGAGAGCGCAACAACUCUAAUGAAUAUCGCGGUCGCGAGGAAGCACUUUGAGAAGUUGGAGAGAGACAGUAGCGUUAGGGGGGUUGAGAAGUUGGAGAGAGAUAGUAGCGUAAAGGGGGUUGAGACAGGGGGCGGUGGUGCAGGAGGCGUGGGGGAGAAGGAUGGGAUUUAUGGAAACUAAAAAGACCUCACUGGAGGGGUUAUGGGUGUUUUAUUUUCCGCUUACUCUGGAUUUGAUUUGAAUUGCUUUAUUGGCAUCUGCUCUAGAUGCGCGGGCAGAUAGGUGGAAGGGAGUCACUUUGUUACUUUUUUCUUUGUACAGGACAUUUGCUUCCUUUCCUGCUGUCUCCUUUUCUUUCUUAUUCGUUUCCUUCUCCCUUCUAACCUUGCAUCCUGAUUUAUUGGAUUCUAUGAUUGCUACCGUGAAUCUGUACGGGAUGAAAUUGUAAGAUAGUGAAACUGUUAGUAAGUAGGCAAGUAGGCGACGGAUAUAUUACUGGAAUCAAGGUAUAUGAUGAUUCACCUCC